AUGGGUGUUACUAAAACAACAGUACAAGGUAAGAAAUCAAAUUUCAAGUUACUACUUACUACCAAAAGGGUUGAAGUUGAUUCUGGAUUGAAAAAGUAUGAAUUUAUAGAAAAAGCAUCCCACUUUGAUGAGAAUGAGUGCUCUAAUUCAAAGAAAAAAUCCUCUAUGACAGGUUCCAUCAAGAGAGGACCACAAGGUAUUAUCGAGGGCCAUAAAGAGAAAAGGCAGAAGAUAGAUCGGAAAACAUCUCUUCUGUGUACUGCCAUUCUGAAGAGUCUAACAUCCCACAGACAUGGCUGGGCUUUUAAUAAGCCAGUUGAUCCUGUGGCAUUGAAUAUUCCAGAUUAUUUUACAAUCAUAUCUCAUCCCAUGGAUUUAGACACUAUUAAAUCCAAGCUGGAAAAAAAUAUUUACUUUAGCAUUGAGGAAUUUGCAGCUGAUGUUAGAUUGACCUUUUCAAAUUCCAUGACAUAUUAUCCUCCUAUGAAUGGUGUUCAUUUAAUGGCAACGGAGCUCAAAAAAAUAUUUGAGAGAAAAUGGAAAGACUUGGAGAAAAAAUGCAAGUGUGAAAAUGAGAAUGAAAAAAUUAUGGCUGGAGCAGUGAGGGGACAUGUGAGAAAAUUUUGUAAUAGGAUGCGUCCCCUGCAAAAGGAUACCUUGCCCAAAAAGUUGCAAGUACCUGAAAUGAAAGAAAUUCAGAAGAUUAGUUCAUUGGAUGGAAGACAUGCUAAAGUUGAGGUUCCUAAGUCGUUACAGACUCGUUGCAAAUUGAUUCAGAAAAACUUACACAAAGGGGCUGCAAGUUGUCUCGAUAGUGAACAUGGAUGUUAUACUUCUCACCUUACAUCACCUGUUACUGAUUCCCUUUCUAGAGAAGAAUGGAGCACUCCUGUUUAUGAUGUACUGUUAUCACCCAAACAGGCUAUCCGUGUUGCUACACUGAAGCGCCGCUUUGCAGAUACUAUCCGUAAAGCACAAAAUGAAACACUUUUGGACCAGGGUGUGAAAAUGAAGAUGCAAAAGGAAAAGGAAAGAAAGCAGCAUGAAGCUGCAAGAAUGAAAGCCAAUGAAGCGUUAGAAAAAGAAAGAGAAGCUGAACGAGUCAGAAUACAAAAGAUUGAAAGAACUGCUGAGAUACAGAAUGACUUGACGAUUUGGGAGGAGCUUGAAAUGUUGUGUGGGGGUAAGCUGUGUUAUGGAGACUUCAGCAUUAAACAUUGCUCUAGAGUUGCAAUGGAUAAAUCUCGUGCUCAAAACCCACUCGAGCGGCUUGGUUUAUUUUUCAAGGAUGACUAUAUUACCUCAGAUGAAGAUGUGGAGGAUUUGUGUUGA